AUGGGUACCUUCACAAACGUUAUACUAUUAUUUGGCAUCCUGUCAAUCUCAUUAGGGAUGCACGUAGUGAAGAUUGAAAUGGAAGAUUUAGCACUGGAUUCAAACACUUUUAGAGUUGUGGGAAGAUCAAAGGCCAGUGGUGGAAAAACGAUUCAAAUCCGGGGAACAAAUCCUUUAACAUUUGAAUUAUGUUUACGUGAAGCAGAAGACUUUUUUGUUAAAACAAUCGCGUAUUCUAACGAUGGACCUUCAUCACUUGUAAACGUGCUAUUGAAUGAAAACGUCUUAGGAUCUUUUCAAACCCAAGCUGGCUCAAAUAAUGGCCUUUUAUGGAACAAGUUUCAUUACACUGGUGUCAUUAGCAGGCCCCAUCUGUUAAGUCGAGGUAAAUUCAAUUUCGCCAUUCUAAAUAACGGACAUGGUGUUGAAAUCGACUUCAUCGAAUUUGGCGUCUCAAAGAGUGUCUUGCCUGAUCAAAUUUUAUGUCCUAACCAGUACAAUCCUACUUUAAAUCAACUAACAUUCGGUGGUAAUGGAAUGCUUUCAAGUGACAAGGAAGUUGGCCAAGAUUUUGGUAUUGGUAAUGAUGAUGGACUUAGUACAGGGCUUGAUGCACAGAUUGGGGCUCUGGUUAAUACGGAAGUCAACGCCGGUGUUAAUGCAGGACUAGGAUUGGGAACAGAACUCGGAGCUGAUGUCGGAGCUGGAGCAGGUGUCGGUGUUGGCACUGAAUUAGAAGCGGAUGUUGGAGCAGGACUAGGUCUCGGAUUAGGGCUAGGUCUUGGACUGGGAGCUGGUAUCAAUUCUGGUGUUGAUGCUAGUGUUGGAGCUGGUGUUGAUGCUGGUGUCAGAGCUGGUGUUGAUACUGGUGUCGGAGCUGGUCUGAAUACUGGAAUUGGAUCAGGUAUAAAUAUUGGAAUCGGCGCUGGUAUUGAUGCUGGUGUCGGAGCUGGUGUUAAUACUGGAGUAGGAGCCAAUGUUGGUACUGAAAUUGAAGCUGGAGUUGAAGCAGGAUUAGGACUUGGAUUAGGAAUUAGUCAAGGACUAAGCUCUGGUAUCAAUUCUGGAGUAAAUGCUGGUGUCGGAGCUGAUGUAAAUACUGGAAUGGGAGCUGGUGUAAAUACUGGAAUUGGAGCUAGUGUAAAUACUGGAAUUGGAGCUGGUGUUGCUGCUGGUGUCGGGGCUGGAGUAGGAGUCGAUGUUGGCACUGAAAUCGAAGCUGGAGUUGAAGCGGGAAUAGGUCUUGGAUUAGGACUUGGUCUUGGACUGGGAGCUGGUAUCAAUUCUGCUGUUAAUGCUGGUGUUGGAGCUGGUGUUGAUGCUGGAAUCGGAGCUGGGGUUGAUGCUGGUGUUGGAGCUGGUGUUGAUGCUGGUGUUGGAGCUGGUGUCGAUGCUGAUGUCGGAGCUGGUGUGAAUACUAGAAUUGGAGUUGGUGUAAAUACCGGAAUCGACGCUGGUGUGAAUACUGGAAUUAAUGCUGAAAAUGGAGCUGGUGCAAAUACUGGAAUCGUCGCUGGUGUCGGGACUGGAGCAGGAACCGGUGUUACCACUGAAAUUGAAGCUGGGGUUGAAGCAGGACUAGGUCUUGGAUUAGGACUUGGUCUCGGACUGGGUUCUGAUAUCAAUUCUGUUGUUAAUGCUGGUGUUGGAGCUGGUGAUGACGCUAGAAUUGGAGCUGGUGUAAAUACUGGAAUUGGCACUGGUGUUGAUGCUGGAAUCGACGCUGGUGUUGAUGUUGGUGUAGGAAAUGGUGUUGCUGCUGGUGUCGGGGCUGAAGCUGGAGUCGAUGUUGGCGCGGAAAUAGAAGCCGGACUAGGUCUCGGAUUAGGACUUGGUCUAGGAUUGGGAUCUGGUAUCAAUUCUGGUGUUGAUGUUGGUGCCGGAGCUGACGUUGAUGCCGGUGUCGGAGCUUUUUCAAAUACUGGGGUUGAUGUCGGUACAGAACUGGAAGCCGGAAUUGAAACAGGACUUGGAUUGGGAUUAGGACUUGGAACUGAAGUUGGGGCAGAUGUAGAAGCUCGUAUCAAUUCUGGAGUUGAAUCAAGAGUCAGUUCCAGGGCAAAUAAUGAACUUGAAGCUGGUGUCGAAGCAGGAAUAGGAUUGGGGUUGGGACUUGGUCUCGGACUCGGAGCAGGCGUAAAUGCUGGUGUUGGUGCAGACGUUGAUGCCGGAGUUGGAGCUGGUGUAAAUACCGGAGUUGGAGCUGGCUUGAAUACUGGAGUCGGAGUUGGUGUAAAUACAGGAGUUAGAGCUGGCUUGAAUACCGGAGUUGGGUCUGGUGUGAAUGCAGGAAUCAGAGCUGGAGGGAAUACCGGAGUCGGAGGUGGAGUCAAUACAGGAUUCGGAUCAGGCUUGAAUACAGGAGUCGGAUCAGACUUGUUUACAGGAGUCGGAGCAGGCUUGAAUACAGGAGUCGGAGCUGGAGUGAAUGCAGGAGUCGGGGCUGGAGUGAAUUCAGGAGUCGAUGCAGGAGUCGAUGUUGGUGCAGAACUUGAAACUGGCGUCGAAGCAGGAUUGGGCUUGGGAUUGGGACUUGGUCUCGGACUCGGAGCAGACGUAAAUGCUGGUGUUGGUGCAGAAGUUGAUGCCGGAGUUGGAGCUGGUGUAAAUACCGGAGUUGGAGCUGGCUUGAAUACUGGGUUUGGAACUGGUGUAAAUACAGGAGUUAGAGCUGGCUUGAAUACUGGAGUUGGAGCUGACUUGAAUACUGGAGUCGGGGCUGGUGUAAAUAGCGGAGUUGGUGUAAACACCGGAGUCGGAUCUGGUGUAAAUAGCGGAGUUGGUGCAGAACUUGAAGCUGGUGUCGAAGCAGGAUUAGGAUUGGGGUUGGGACUUGGUCUCGGACUCGGAGCAGGUGUUAACGCUGGUGUUGGUGCUGAAGUUGAUGCUGGAGCUGGCGUGAAUGCUGGAGUCGGAGCUGGCGUGAAUGCUGGAGUCGGAGCUGGUGUGAAUGCUGGAGUCAUGGCCGGUGUAAAUAGCGGAGUUGGAGUGGGCGUCAAUGCCGGAGUCGGGGCUGGUGUAAAUAGCGGAGUUGGAGUUGGUGUUAACUCCGGAGUUGAGGCUGGUAUGAAUACCAGAGUCGGCACUGAGAUAAAUUCAGGAGUUGGUGUCAAAACUGGAGCUAAUACUGGUGUAGGAGCUGGAAUGAAUACUAGAAUUGGAGGUCAUUCUAGAACCGGGUUCGCAGCUGGAACUGAUUCUAUGCCAGUGAUUAAGGUUGAAAUGGAAGAUGUCGCUUUAGGUCCACUAUAUACUGGUAGAAUUAUUGGAAGAUCGAAUGCAAGUGGAGGAAGAACUGUUCGAAUCCUUGGUAAAGAUUUACUUUCAUUUACAUUCUGUUUGGCUCAAGAAGAGGUUUUCUGGAUAAAGCGGAUUGUUUACUCUAAUGAUGGACCGGCUACACAAGUCAAUGUAAUCUUGAAUGAUCUAAUCAUCGGAUCUUAUAGAACCCAUUCUGGUUCAAAUAGAGGUCUCCUGUGGAACACGUUUCAUCAAACUGGUCCUAUCGGAAGACCACAUACUUUAAGCAAAGGUAAAUUUUACCUGACAUUGACCCAGCUUGGAAGCGGAGUAGAAAUCGACUACAUGGAAUUGUCUUUUUCAAAGAGCUUCAUGCCUCACGAGAUUAUGUGCCCUCACCAAUAUAUACCAUCAGAGUAUAAUCAAAGACUGGCAUCAAACGAUAUACUGGCAUUGGAUACAUCAUAUUUGUAUAAUGACCUAUCAACAUACAACAGCUUAUAUCAAAAUCUAUUGGCUGCAGAAACCAAGGACUAUUAUGACUGGUUAACCAGACAAAACACCAUAGCGACCGCUGUAGGACUCGGAGCUGACUUAGGACUUGGUGCAGGGCUUGGUGUCGAUGCAGGUCUUGGUCUUGGUGUCGAUGCAGGUCUUGGUCUUGGAGUCAACACAGGUCUUGGGCUUGGUGCUGAUACGGGUCUAGGGCUUGGUGUCAACACGGGUCGUGGGCUUGGUGUCAAUACGGGUCUUGGGCUUGGUUUCGAUACGCGUCUUGGGCUUGGUGUCGAUACGGGUCUUGGGUUAGGACUUGGCCUGGGUCUUGGAAUUGGAAAAAGAGAUGUACAAGAUGAGAAAAACUAA